CUUGAAACCUUUCUUUAUAUUGAACAACCAUCAGGCUAAAAUAUCAACUGUUAAAAAACACAAGAAACGAGGGAGCGUAUUGGAGAUUGAGCUUUAUUUUCUACAUAGACUUGCCCUUUGUCGUCCAGUGAUACAGGAAUGUAAAGGAUGCUGAGCGUCCACCUGAUGGUGCUUUGCGCCCGGGGGAGGGUCUCUCCAUCCUGCGCUCUGCCAUAACUCGGCCCAGCUUUGGCAGGCAGACGCGCAUCCUUAGAGAGGUCUGCUGGAAACAUGAUCACCAAGGGAAUCUAAACACAUUCCUCGGGUCUGGUCGGACGUGUCGACAUCUUCAUGUGCGAAGCGUUAUUCUCCAAAGACGAGAGAGCAAGAGUCGAGGCGAGGCGUCGGAUACAACAACAACAAGCAGAAGCAGACAGCAUCAGCCGCUGCAGCGUGAGCAACGAGGUCAGCGUGAAGCUGCGCGGUUUCUAUGAUGUUCUCUGUCUUAAUGGCAAUCUAAAGCUAGAAGAACUUUGAAGAUCAUUCAGAGCUGCAAAUAUCCUGGCUCAUCUCUUCAUUUCCAUUUGAUACGGAUAACUUCCAGAAUGUGAUGAAGAUUGAGAAAAGGACACCUCGGUAAAUCAGCAAGGCAGCAGCUGGUUUCCAAUAGUUGCUAUGGAGUGACGGGUCACGGAGGUUUUAAUCGAAACUCCACAAUGGUGUUGUUCCUGAUUGGAUCCCUUAACGCCAUCAAUAAUUCAUCUCAUGACAACCAAACUACAGAAAACCCCACCCAGCAGGGUGCUCAUGUCCUGCCAUCCACGUUAAUCAUAUCCCUGCUUCUUAUCAUUGUUGUCCUGCUCAUAAUUUACUGUCUGAGGUUUAAAAACCACAGGAAAGCCAUAAUCACAUCAGUGGAUAAGAAGAUUCCAAAUGGCUUCUUGGAGGAACAAGGAGAGCAGACAGUGGUCCUACUCCCAAGAUCUCCCUCGCCGUCCAAGAGAUACUUCCCCAUCCCUCUGGACUCGCUGGAGGAGGAGUACCGGAUACGUUCCGCUGACGACGGCAAGCUCUUCAGAGAGGAGUUCAAUUCACUGCCAUGUUACUACCACCAAGGGUCCUUUGAGGAGGCGAGCAGGGAUCACAACAGAGAGAAAAACAGAUACCCAAACAUUUUACCAUAUGAUCAUUCAAGGGUGGUGCUUAGUCAGGUCGAUGGUCAUCAAUGCUCAGACUACAUAAACGCCUCUUAUAUAGAUGGGUAUAAAGAGAAGAACAAAUUCAUCGCAGCUCAAGGCCCCAAACCUGAGACUGUGGCUGAUUUCUGGCGAAUGGUUUGGGAGCAGAAAACCUCAACUAUAGUGAUGCUGACAAAUUUGAAAGAAAGAAAGGAGGAGAAAUGCUUUCAGUACUGGCCAGAAAAAGGCUGCUGGAUGUAUGGAAAUAUCCGCGUGGCGACUGAAGACGUGGUGGUGCUGGUGGACUACACCAUCAGGAAGUUCUGUGUUCAGUAUCAGGGCAGCGAUGGAGUCCGAGCUCCUCGGCUGGUCACCCAGCUCCACUUUACCAGCUGGCCAGACUUUGGGGUGCCAUUCACACCAAUCGGAAUGCUCAAAUUUCUUAAGAAGGUCAAAGCUGUCAAUCCGUCAUAUGCUGGACCUGUUGUUGUGCACUGCAGCGCCGGAGUGGGGAGGACAGGAACUUUCAUUGUCAUUGAUAGCAUGAUUGACAUGAUGUACACGGAGCAGCGAGUGGACGUCUUUGGCUUUGUGAGCAGAAUACGAGAGCAACGCUGUCAGCUCAUCCAGACAGACAUGCAGUACUCCUUUAUCUACCAGGCUCUAUUGGAGCACUAUCUGUACGGAGACACUGAGCUAGAUGUAUGCUCUCUGGAGGGCCAUCUGCAAAGGCUUCACAACACUAGGGCUCCCCACGACAGGCUGGGCCUGGAGGAGGAAUUCAGGAAGCUGACCAGCGUUCGCAUUAUGAAGGAGAACAUGAGGACCGGGAAUCUUCCAGCGAACAUGAGGAAGAACCGUGUGCUUCAGAUCAUCCCGUAUGAUUUCAACCGAGUAAUACUCUCAGUCAAAAGAGGACAGGAGUUCACCGACUACAUCAAUGCCUCCUUUAUUGAUGGCUACAGGCAGAAGGACUAUUUUAUCGCGACCCAGGGCCCCCUGUCUCACACUGUGGAGGACUUCUGGAGGAUGGUGUGGGAGUGGAGGUGUCACUCAAUCGUUAUGCUCACUGAGCUCAAAGAAAGGGAGCAGGAAAAGUGCUUCCAGUAUUGGCCAUCAGAGGGCAGUAUAACAUUUGGAGAUUACACAGUGGAGUUGAAGGGAGAAACACGCUGUGAAACCUUCACUCGCAGAGAUAUGAGUCUCACCUACAAACCAGAAAAAAAGUCACAACAUGUCCGGCACAUCCACUUCCAUGGAUGGCCUGAGAUUGGAAUACCAGGCGAAGGAAGAGGGAUGAUUGACAUUAUUGCUGCUGUGCAGAGGCAGCAGCAGCAGUCUGGAAACCGUCCCAUAGUGGUACACUGCAGUGCUGGAGCGGGACGGACCGGUACCUUUAUUGCAUUGAGCAACAUUUUGGAGCGAGUGAAAGCCGAAGGCCUUCUGGAUGUUUUCCAGACAGUCAAGAGUUUACGCAUGCAAAGACCACACAUGGUUCAGACUGUGGAGCAAUAUGACUUCUGCUACAGAGUGGUCCAGGAUUUUAUCGACAUCUUCUCAGACUAUGCCAAUUUUAAAUAGGUUAUUUUGUAUAUACAUCUGUCAAAUAAAAGUGUGCUUUGUUUUUUGUUUUUUAAUUAAAUUUUGAUUUGUUAAGCUUUGAACAUUUUGCACUUAGAAUACCAGAGCUGAUUAAGGAGGUAUUUGAAACAGGAGCACUAUAGUGCUUAAUCUCCUUAAAACAUCCAACCUAAUCUGAACAUAUUAGGUUUUCUGAAUGAAAUGUAUUUGAUUCUAUUGUAAUAACAUGUUGAUAAAAUAAGCUAGUAGUUUAUUAUGUAAAUAAUAUUUAUGCAGAAAGAGAAACAGAAAUUGUCAUAUACAUUUAUUUCUGCUUUACAGUACCUCUGUUCUGUCUGGGAUUCACUUAAAAGCUGCUGCCUUCUCCAAUUAGAUUCAACCACACUAACUAACUUCUGUUUUGCCUGUGGCGAUAAAUAUUAGUGGAUUGGUUCCCUGGCUUAGCAACAUUCAAUUAGCUCAUAUUGGAACAGGCAGGAAGUCAUGUGUUAUAUCAAAAAUUCAGAUGCAUCCUUCCAGCCAAGCAUCACAUUCUGCUUAUAAAAUAAUCCUUUUUAUACAUUGUACUGAGCCAGGUUUACAUGCUUCCAUCUUGUAUAAAUCAGUGCCAUGUUGAUUAGACACAGUUCUAAUCUUGAAAAACUUGUCACAAAGUGACACAAAUGAAAUGAUGUGAAGCCAAUUGUUUGCUAUAUCUGUUUUUUAUGUGGUAUAUAUUUGAAGAGGGAUUUCAUGUAUAGAUUUUAAAUCAGGUUGUAAAAGGUUCAUCACACACCCAUGCCUGAGGAUUAUUUUAAUUCACAGUAACCUCAUGUGACUGUUUUGUUAGACUGCUACAGGAAAAUAGAGUUAACUCUUUCACAACCUUGAAAAGUAUGAAGGAAAAAAAAAAGAGUGUAAAGCGACCUGGCUGAGCCCUUUUUUAUGCACCAAAAAAAAAAAAAAACCUUCACCAGAGAAGCCAUACAUUUCCAGCCUCAACCUUUGAGUUGUUAAGCCUAAAAGCUGUUUACACCUUAUAAAAAUCUAAUGUAACAAGUAUUUAUACUUUGUUAUUGGAUAAAUUCAUCAAGCAAUAAAAAAUGAAUUUCCAUAUCAGGACAAUUAUGUUUCAUACACAGAAUUUUAUAAAGUUAACUAAUCUAAAGGACUUAAAGGUAUAGUGGAGAAUGUUUUUUUUUUUUCUGGGUGGAUCCUCUCAAUAAGUGGUCCUCCUAAUCGUCAAACAUUCUGGUGUUAUGUCUAUGUAAGGCCGUCUUACGUGCUUGUCCCCAGGACGCUAUCUUUAUGAGCAUGUACACUUUCAGGCGUAUAUGUUUGAGUCACAGUUUCAGCCGUUUUUUUGGGAGAUUCUUUCACGUGAUGCCGUACACUGAAAGCACAGGUCGGGCUUCCUUCCCACUGAUUCUUCUGUUGAUUCUAUUCCACAGGUAAAGUUUGGAAUCCCUUUCCCAUCACUGCUAGUAAAAUGAGGACAAAUGAGUUUGUGUAUGCCCUCAUGUGUUUAAUAGGCGUUCCCUCUCAAAAGCAGGUACAGGGUUGUGCAUGUGUAUUUUUUUUUUUUUUUUAAGUGUAGAGGGUGGGUCAGAAUUUUCUGAAUGAUUACAGGAAAGAUUGAAAUGGAAAGAUUUAUGGAAAGAUAUCACAUUGAUUGCACAUACAAUUAGGAAUAGAACAUUUAUUUGAGCCGAGACUGGCGGGGAAGUACCCCCAAACUCCCCAAGGUAAUGUCGCCCUGGAUGAGGAGCCUUAUCACUUAUACUAACACACAGCUACUGAGAGUGUUUCCAGACUCACUUAAAUGUUUAAUUUACUAAAACAUAAUGCUCAGUAUGUUUUGAAAAUUAUUAUAAAUGGAAGGACUUAAUGAAGUCAUGGCUGGGUCAACCUGCAAAAUAUUAUAAGACAUCUCAAAUUCUUCUAAGAUAUAAAAUGAUUGAAAAUGCAAAGAUUAGAAAGUGAUUAAUGAUUUAUUAGCUUAAGUUUAUCUGAUUCUACUAUUUAUAUGUGGUCAUUAUUGGUUAUUGGUCUGUAAACUGUUAGCAACAACAACAUUUUUAAACUGAAACAUUGGCAUAAAUAUUAUUUACAUAAAAAUUACAAAUAUAAAUAGCUUUCGGUUGUAAAAUAAUGCUAAGGAGACAAGUUAAGAGUAAUGUUCGUUACAAUAACUGAUAUUCAAUCACAACUUUCAUACAUCUUGGCAGGCUGUCCUCUGGGCUUCUACAUCCCUCUUGAGUUGCUGUAUUCAAUGAAUCAGUGCCUCAGCCGGUAGAACGAUGGUUGCCUGUUUGUGCUUAAAUCUAGCAGACACUGGAACAGGACGGCAUGCAAUUAGAAAUUGAUAUCAGAAGAUAUGUCCAGUGAUAUCUUCUGUUCUAUAUAUCUUUCAAAGGAACACAAACUUUCUUUAUAAAAUGAUGAACUUGUUAUUAAGGAAAAAUUAAUUCAUAGCUUCAUUAUCUUAAAACAGAUAGUUGAACCACUAUCAAAACAACAACAAAAAGAGUGGAAUCUCAUUAUCUUGCAAUGACAAGAAAAUACUGUUAGUUCAAAUUAAGCUUGAGGUAUUAUCUUGAUAAAAUGGGAUAUUAAAUCCUAUCAAAACAAACAAGCGGAGUUCUCUUUAUUUCAAGUCAUUUAGUUAAUUUGUUUGGAUAAUGUCAUGAAAGUAAAACAAUUUGCGUCACAUUUGUGGUUUUCAGACAAAUGGUAUUCAGCUCAUAAAAGGUUUUGAUUUUUAAAUUUCUCAAACAAAUAAAGAAAUUGAAAUCAAAUUAAGGUUUUCGACUUAAGCUGUCGAAUAUAUACUAAAUUACAUAUUUUAAAAUUUAAAUGUUAAAGCUUUAAAUUUAAAAAAAAAAAAAAAAUCAUUGUGUUUGUGCUCAACUCUCAAUAUUUGAUUGAUAGAAACUGGUUAAGCUGCGCCAGUUUACAGCAACAACAAAACCUCUCAUUAAAGAAGGCUUAUCUAAUUCUCAUGCAGACACACUCACACACUGAUAUCAACCACAAUACCAACUGAUAUACUUCAACAUUGUUGCUUAAAUGAAAAUAUAUAUUUUUGCAAGUUUGGUGAUUAUUAUUUGUGCAGCAUUAAAGUUUGUAUGCAAAACUUUUUUCUGUGUUUGUAGAUCUAAAUAAUUGGUUUACACUGAAAUCAUCGUUGUUUCGAUUUGUUUUUUGUUUUUCAUGUAUAUAAAGCUCAGUUGCGGUGAUUUAUCAUUGCCAGUUGCACCGCUGACUUUAAUCUACUCUCUUGCUAAAAGAGUAACGAAUAAGGGUAAUGACAUUUAAAGCCUUACAGCAAUUGUAACAAAUGCACAAGCAUCUUGUUUAAGUGAUGUUUCUCUGCCUUUUGUAUCUGUGCAGAUUUUCAGCAACUGUUUGCUAAAAGCAGUGUCCAAUAAAUUAUAAAUGGAGAUAAA